CUGGGAAUCCCCAGGAAGCUGUGUGACAUGUGCACCUAUAAAACCUCCUGCUGAGUCCUCACAGGCUGCUUUAGGGUGCGAAGUUCUCCCCAUCCACGGCUGUUGGAGUUAGUCACAGUAUAUCCCACCCCCAGGCCCAACACUUGAAGGCUGGGCAUGGCUUUGCCUGCUCUGAGGGGGCAGUGUUUGCCUGCAGGGCAGCCCCCUGCAGCCGAGCCCCCCUUGCCCGGUGCCCCGCGGCUCCCGGCUGCCACCUGACUCAUGCCCGGGCAGGGAGUGGCGGACCGGCGUCGCCCCCACCCACGUGCAGGUAUUGUGUAACCGGGUGCCUCUGCUACAGGCAGAGCCGGGAGUGGAGGGGUGGCUCCUGUGGGGUCCCAGAGCCGGUGUCAGUGCUCACUCCCCCCUCCAAGUGGGUAUCAGAGCCCCUUAGCUGGGUUUCUGCAGUGCUGCCUUCUAGCAGCACCAGGAAGAGAUCUUGGGAUCAGGCGUAGGAGGAUCUUGGUGCCCAAACCCACCAGGUCCAUUGAUAGUGGUGGUACCUGCUCCCCAGGAUACUCUGCUCCAGAGCUGGUGGCUCCAGAGGAGAGACCCUGCCAUUCAUGCUGAGGAAGGGCUGCCUUGGCAUGCCCAUGGAUCCAUCCCUGUGGCUGAUGGUACCUGGCCACAUCCUCUGCUCUGGUCCCCUGGCCCUCCCUGAGCGUGGGGACAGGGAGCUGGUGCUGCUGUGGGCACAGUCACGCGUCGCUGCCUGGGACUCUGUGCUUCUGUGUGCCGGUGUGAGGUGCAGCCGCCAUGGCAGGGCUGUCAGUGAAGCGAGGAAGGCACAACACCAUCACUGACUUACUUCCCUCUCCUUAAGUGAUCCUGGAGGUGGGUGAGACCUUGUGAAGGAGCAAACGCAUUUGCUGUAGUGGCCUCACUGGAUCCGUUUACGCAGCAGGGUCCAUCCACCUUUGUCGUUGAUGGAAGGUGACCUGCAACCCAGGGCAAUGCCUGGCCCCGCCACCUAUGCAGGAACAACCCCCCCCCCCCACUCCAUCCGGGUUUGUGUGGGCGUUUGCCGCGAUGUGCAGAUAACGCCUGGGACCGGCAGUGCCGAAGGGGGGGACAGGGCAGGGUCAAUACGUGGGACCCCCAGGCAUCAGCGGUAGCCUGCUCCUUCCUUCUUCCUCCUUGGUGACGAGCCAACCCCUGCCAGGGGUUAUCGGCCAUGCAGCCAAGUGUGGAGGGACCUGACAGCAACCAGGAGGGUGGAUCGGGGUGCAGAGCCCAGGACUGCCCCACCCCUCCCAGAGAUGUUUGGGACCCCUGUCCCCACCUGCUGUCCCAGUGUCUUUAGGCCAAGCGACUUUGAACCCCCUGGGGUGGCUCCCCAGGGGUUGGGGACCCCAGCCACAGGCUGUCAACAGUAGGGUCAGCCUGGGAAGGAUCUUAAAGCUUCCUACGGCAAAAUGAGUGUGGCCCCCAGGACCAGUGGGUCGCCAGAACUGGGACGCUGCCACCUCAGCGCAGGCUGCGAGGAGACAGAGACGUCAGUGCCCCGGGCAGGGCACGUGGUGUCCCUGUCCCCCCCACCUGGAGGAGUGCUCACCGGUGGAGUCACCCGUCGCACGCUCCCUUGAGAGAGUGAGAGCUGCAGCCCUGUCGCCUUCCUCCCUGUCACCGAAGAAGCACGAUGGGGCGCCCGUGGCCGCUCUGGAGCUGGCUGCUCUGGGGGCUCUGGGUGCUGCCAGCCGGGGAGAUGAAGGGGCAACCCUUCGUCCCCACGUCGGACCCAUCCGAGUCGGGCAGCGUCUCCCACGUGGCCGACAGCACCAGCGCUGAGCUGCCUUCAGACCUGGCCAUGUGCCAGGAGCUCCCCAGAGCCGCAGCCGCACGGGCAGAGCUCCCCUCUGCCGCCGGCCCGACCACCGCCCCCGCGGGCAGCCAGGGCUCAGGCAUCCCGGUGCCACAGGCAAAAGAGAGAGGGCUGGUCCCAGCUGGAAGUAGUGGUGAGCAGGAGGGACCUCCCAGCCCGGCAGCUCUCUCUGGGGGUCCAGCAAUGCCAGGCAGCCCCCAGGCAGGGUCAGGGGCCGGGCUCUCUUCUGCAGGUACUGCCAGCCACCCAUCCAGCAUCCCUCCAGCUCCCACCACCACUUGGCACAUGCAGCCUCUGUCCUCCAAGCCAACGGGGCCCACAGUGGGUCUUGCCCUGGAUGCUGUCACUGCAGAGCAGCUGCCAGUGACAGCACGGACCACAGAGCCAUUGCUCCCCCAGAAUGAGCACAGCACAGCAACAUCAUCCCCCAGUAUAAGCGGGAGCUCUGCUGAGCCACACAGUACUGCCAUGCUCCUGUCCCAGGAGGUCAUACUGGGGCUGGAUGAGGCCACCUUGCCUUUGGCCACAGCUGCCAGCAUCUCUCAGGACAGGGCCAGCCCCAUGAAGAUGGCAGCAGCCGCAGCCAGUCCCCCCGACACAGCCGCAGAGGGAGCCUUUUCUUCUACCACCACUGGCACCAGCAAGGCUGCAGAGCCAGGGACAUGUACCUUACCCAACACUGACCACAAUGCCUCACAGGACCCUCCUGGGCCUCCCACUCAGCUGCCUCCAGCCCUUUUGCCCCAGCUUCCUGAUGAGGCUGUGCUGAGCACAGGAGAGACACUUCCCCCCAGCCACAGCGCAGCCCCGGGCACUGCUGGACAUGGGCUGCCCGCAGAACACGCUGUCAGCCAGCCCCAGGCUACCACACAAGCUGCAGGCACGCGGGCUACAGUGACGGAUGUCGUAGCUGGAGAGCACAUCCCACCUCUGGGAAGCACCAGUGCUGAGCAGGUGUCCAUCCGGAAUGAGGCCAGUACCAAAGCCACGGCAGGCACUGCCAUCCCAGAGACCAAGGACACACCAGGGGGGCUCAGCAUGAGUCUGUCCCCCUAUGCAGCUCUCAAAGACCCUGAUGGUCCUUCUCUAAGGCCCUUUCCACGCUCCAUGGGCUCUCUGCUCCCUCAGUCCCUCUCAACAGGCCUCGGGACCACCACAGCAGAGGCAGCUGCAGGCAGUUCCCCUCCAGCCACUCCCAGCAUGGCCGUGCCUUUGUCCCUCCUGGGCACCACUGGAGCAAAGCCAGACAGGGCCCCUCGAGCUGCUGCUGCUGCACCACCACCUUCCAUUGCUGCAUUUGGCAUCGGGACUGUGCCAGCUACCCAUCCAUCCUCCUUUGUUAGCAACUCUCCAAUUAGUGAAGCCAGGAUGGGAUCGGCAUCACUGGCCAGUGGCAGUGCCACCACAAUGCCAGGAGACACCGAAGCUACCCUGCCUGUGCCUGAUGCACACUCCAGCCACAGCCAGCCAGCUCCCACAGCAGGCUCAACAACCCCUGGAACUGGUGUUACACCCAGAUCUGCACUAACCCCAGUGCUCUGGGCUGGGCCCCAAAUUGUGGAAGCUCCAGGGACAGAGAUGCCACCAUCCAACACUGCACCAGGCACUGGCAGGGCUGUAUCAGAUACCCUUGGGGGACCCAGAGCAGUCACUGUCCCCAUGGCAUCACAAGCAGAUGUCCCCCCUGUCCUGGAAGGCGGAACCAAUGUAGGGAUGGCUCUGGAGGUGUCCCCAUCCAGCAUCCCCCAAGAGGUGGCACCAGUCACGUCCCCACUGUCCCUGGCUGCCCCACUGCAAGCAAUGGGGCCUUCGGGUGACCCCCAGCCCAAUGGCAGCACCACAGGGCAAGCAAUGGGGAUGGGGUUCCUGGAGGUGAGCACGGAGGAGAACCCAGGUGCCAGUGCAGCAGGACCAGCUCCCAGCCACACAAUUGUCACUGCCAGGCCAUCACCAGAGCCACCUGCCACUGAGAACAAGCUCACCGCUGGGAUCACCUCGCUGGCUGUUGGCCACACAAAUGUGUGGGAGGCUACAGCUGCAUCCCAGACAGGUGCCACAGGCACCGCUGCCCAUGAGGACACCACCAGCUCUGAGGGUAGCACCGAGGGUGCAGCACCCUCAGCCAACACCAGCAGCACCCGUGUCCCUGACUCCAACGCCAGUGGCACAAGCCUGGCCACCACGCCGGCCACCACACCAUCCACCAGCACGUUCCCCAGCAAUGCUAACCUGCCAACCCCCUCCACAGGCUGUGAGACCUUUGUGACCACAGCCAUGCCACCUGCCACAGCACUGACCAGCAGUGCCCCAUCCCUUGCUGUAACACGCAGCGAGACAAGCAGAGGUGGGCAGCCUGUCCCAUCCCCAGCAGCACGUACCCCCGUGGUGGACACAACUCUUGGAUCAGUGUCCGGUUCUCCCCUCCCCAGCCUGCACAGCCCAGCACAGGAGGCCACAACAGCCCCCUUGUCCCUGCUUGGUGUUGGUGCAACUGGGGUGGCAGCAGCUGGACAGACUCCCACCGAGUCAGCAACAGGCACCACUUCUACAUCCAUCGGCUACCACGACAUGGGACAAGCAGCGAGCACGUCACCUCCUGCCCUCCAGACAUCUCCAGGGGCACCUGCCUGGAAGGAGAAAACAGCCAUCAGCACAGGCAGCGCCACAGCCACUGCUGCAGGGAACAGCACUGCCACCACUGCCACCACUGCAGGCAGCACCACUGCCACCACUGCCAUCACUGCAGGCAGCACCACGGCCAUCACUGGAGGGUACAGCACUGCCACCACUGCAGGCAGCACCACUGCCACCGCUGCCAUCACUGCAGGCAGCACCACUGCCACCUCUGCAGGGAAUACCACUGCCUUCACUGCAGACAGCACUACUGCCACCACUGGAGGGUACAGCACUGCCACCACUGCAGGCAGCACGACUGCCACCACUGCAGGGAAGAGCACUGCCACCACUGCAGGGAAUAUCACUGCCACCGCUGCCACCACUGCCACCGCUGCAGGGAACACUACUGCCAUCACUCCAGACAGCACCACAGCAAUCACUGGAGGGUACAGCACUGCCACCACCGCCACCACUGCAGGGAACAUCGCUGUCACCACUGCCACCACUGCAGGAGGCACCACGGCUAUUGCAUCCACAGCCCCAGCGAGCCCAGCCAAGGAGGCAGGAAGUCUCCCAGGCACCACAGCACCAGUGACACCACCAGCCACCACCAGCCCUGCCACCACCCUGUCUCACGCCUUUGGGACACAGAGAGGACCAUCCACCGAACUGAGCACAUCUGCCCACACCACCACUGGGCACAGAACUCCUGCACCUGAGCCCCAACCCACCCAUGAGCUUAUCAAGCCAGCGACUUCACUCUACCCCUUUGGCGUAGAAGGAGGGGAUCAAGAGUACGUCCGGAGGAUGGUGGAUUUUAACUCUCCCCUGUUCAAGCCAGAAAUUGGAUUUCCUUUUGGGAAGUCACUGCGAGAUGCUCUCUAUUUUACAGAUAACGGACAGAUCAUUUUUCCACCCACGGACAACUAUGUCCCAUCCAACCCCAACCCCCCUCCCCGGGGCUUCACUGGCCGGGAGAGCUUGCCAAUGGUGGCUGCCUUUUGGGAUGAUGCAGACUUUUCCAAGGGUGUUGGCACCACUUGGUACCAGGAGUACUCUACACUCAGCUCUACCCAAGACCCCGUUGUCAAAGAUGUGGAAGCAAAGAUUGAGAAAUACCUAAAAAUCCCCUAUGUAGCAAAAUGGACCUUGAAGGUGACGUGGGAGAAAGCUCCAGCGUACCCGUCCCGGAGGGAUGACACUCAGACGAGCACCUACCAGGCAGUGCUCAGCACCGACGGGAGCCGCUCCUUCGCCCUGCUGCUCUACCAGGACGGUGGGAUGCGCUGGGACUACAGCAGGCUGGCUGCAGCCAACGUGCUGAUCGGCUUCUCCAGUGGCAAUGGCCAUGCCCAAAACAACAAUCUGACUCAGAAGCCACCAGCUGUCAAGUACAGACCAGACCAGCACAGCAGCACCGGCUUCGAUGUGCGUGGGCUGUGGAUUUACAGACUGGACACUCGCUCCCGGGUGAAUUACAGGCUGCAGUGCCUGGCGUGGCUGGACACAGAGCCAGCGCCGGCCACCUGGAACAGCCAGCUGCCACCAUGCCCCUGCUCCCGGCCCCAGGCAGAGCUGGAUCCCCGCUACCACUGGAGCAGAGGCCCAGCAGACACCUCCGUGAGGAUGCUGCGCACUGCGUCCCCCAGCCCAGCUGGAGCUGGGGUACGAUGUCUGUACCAAGGUGGGAGCUUGCUCGAAGGCUGGCAGGAGAGAACAUGGAGCCUCCCCUUCCACGCUGCCACUGACACGGAGCUGGAAGUGUUCGACUGGUGCUGCCGGCGUGUGGGGAAGCCCCUGUUCUGUGCCAGGUUUGCUGAGAAGAGACCGAGGGUUGGCUGUGAAGGAUAUGUGCCACCCACCCCCGCUGGUGCCUUCGGGGACCCUCACAUCACCACCCUGGAUGGACUCACCUACACCUUCAAUGGGCUCGGGGACUUUGUCCUGCUGCUGGCCAGUGAUGCCCAGACCAGCUUUGUUUUGCACGGGCGCACAGCACAGACUGGCACGGCCCAGGCCACCAACUUUGUGGCCUUUGCUGCCCAGUACACCUCCAACACCACCACAACAGUUGAGUGGACCUUGGGGAACCAGGAUGACAUCCAAGUCCUCCUGAACAACAAAACCAUCCAGUUUUCCUAUUCCCAAGGUCCCAGCCUUGCAUGGGCUCUCCCUCUGUGCUCUCCUUCUCUUGCAGACCUGGGUGAUGAGGUCUACUACAGCCCUGGUGUCCUGUUAGUCAACGCCUCCUCUGUCACGGCCAUCUUCGAUGGGACCAUCGCUGUCUCUGUCUCGGCCACCUCUGGGAUCCUUAGCGUGGUCUGCAGCCUGCCCGACUGCUACCGCAACAGCACCAGGGGCCUCCUGGGUGUGUGGGACCAUGACCCCGCAGAUGACUUCCAGAUGCCAAAUGGUACCAGCAUCCCUGUGAACAGCAGUGAGGAGGAGAUCUACAGCUAUGGGAUGACCUGGGCUGUUGGGGAGCACAGCCUGUUCACUCAGCCUCUGGACUCACCAGCACUGAACUUCACACCCUUCUUCUUGUCUCGGCUGCGGCAGGAGAAUGAAAGCCAGUACCAGCUGGUGGCCUCUCAGUGUCACAGCAGCAAGGAGUGCAUCUACGAUUCACUGAGCACAGGGAACCUGGCCCUGGGUCUGGCCACCCAGAGCCUUGCAGCCGACUUCCAGCAGAAGAAGACAGCACUCAAUGCCUUCCCUCCCGUCAUCACCGGUGACGCAUCAAUCACAGCCUUCAGGACAGAGAGGGUCAGAAGGCAGUUCCAUGCCUUGGGCGAGGGUGCACACUUCAUUCCCCAUCUCUCACCAGAGCUCAACAUAUCAGAGAACGGGACCCUCGUAUGGGAGCCCCGUGGGAUAGCCCCAUUCACCAUCAACCUGGAGGCUGUUGGCUCCAACAACAUCUCUGCACUCCUCCAGCUCCGCUUCACCCUUUGCAGAUGCAGCAGGAGCCAGGACUGUGACUACAGCAACACUGUCACUCUCAGGGAGUCUUCCCUGCAGCUGGCAGCCUGCAGAUGCGAGAGCGGCUACUCAGGUGCACUCUGCCAGGACCCUCCGGACCCCUGCUCCCAGGGGUGCUUCCCUGGUGUGGGAUGUGACCCUUUCAGUGGCUGUGGCCCCUGCCCGGUUGGCCUGACGGGGGACGGAGAGCACUGCUCAGAUAUCGAUGAGUGCGCACAGGGGACAGAGUGCCCGGGGAACAGCACCUGCACCAACACUGUGGGCAGCUACGUCUGCUCCUGCCUGGCCAGUGAGCAGGGUGAGAAGCCAGGCUGUGGCUUAGCCUGUGGCUACCACUCCUGUCCUGAGGGCUACUGCAGCAACGGGGGACACUGCCACCUUCACCCCAUCACUUGUGUCCCCACCUGCACCUGCCCCCCGGCUUUCACUGACCAGCACUGCCUGGUGGCAGGGGGGGAUUUUCAGCCACUGCCCAGCUCAGGUCUCCCUCGGAGAAGCAUCCAGAUGAGGAUGAAGACACUGCAAAAGGCCACUGCUGAGGAAGUCAACAGCACUGUCUCAGCCAUCCUGGACUCCCUGGUGGUAAAGGCUUUCCAGAGCAACACCAACGUCACCCAGAUGACAGACAGCGAUGGCUUCACCUUCGUGGUGGUGUCCGAGUUUGCCUAUGACAGCCGCGGGACCGUCAUCCGCUUCCUGAACGAGGAGCUGCCCUCUGCCAUCACCGGCGCCUUCAACGGGCGGCGGGGGCGGCGGGAGGCGGGCACGGCUCUGCUCUUCCAGCGCCUGCACCGCGACAACAUCACUGACCUGGUGAAGCUGACAGUGGAUGAGCUGAGGGACUAUUUCCCCUGCUCUCUGUACGGCUACAAAGGCUACCAGCUCCACUACAUGGGGACCAUCGGCUUCAUCUGCAUCUCCCCCUGCAAGAUGGGCUACUGCCAGCACGGUGGCCAAUGCCAGCACCUGCCCGAGGGUCCCACGUGCAGCUGCCUGCCCUUCUCCAUCUACUCUCCGGCUGGCCUGCAGUGUGAGUGGCUGGCCAUCAGCCUGCCUGCCUUCCUCGGCAUCCUGCUGGGAGCCCUGGCUCUGCUGUGCCUCCUGUUUGCCAUGGCCUGCCUGGCCCUGCGCCUCUGCCACCAGCGCCGCCGGCACCAGGGGGCCAAGGAGACCUUUUGGAGGACACGGCCCUUCUCUUCUCUAACAAUGGCAGAAGAACAAGCAGAAGCCACUGUCUCCCACUCCCUGGAAAGGCAUUGGAAACUGCAGCUCCAGGCCAUUGACCCCUCAGUCCAGAUAAGAUUCCAGAGACCCCACGUUAUGCCUCCAAGCCAGUCCCCCCAACAGCCCUAACCUGCCACCAGUCCUUUUCUGGCACCUCCAGGCUCACAGAGGAGCCAGACGCUGCUGCCGGCUCCGCCGUUUGCUCUCAAGGUUUCCAGCAGCAGCAACACAAGCAAGAAGGGGACAGGCAGCUGCCUUUUGGGUCCUGGGAGGAUUCUGGAGGAGGUGCUUUUUUGAAUGUGUGUUUAUGUGGGGUGACCAAAGCAGGAGGAUUUCACCUUCUCUGAGGACCUGCAGAGACACCUGGGAUCAUCCUGAAUGUGUCUGCACCAGGGGUAUGUGCUAGUGCAGGAUAACCAGAGCCUGCACUUCCCCUGACAGCAGGGUCAGGUGGGGCAAUGCAGUGAUUGUAAUCCCUUAGGAACCAAAUAGAAUAAACUAAAAAUGUUGGCUUGCUGUUAAAUUGUCUGCGCCUCAAGGGUCUCUGCUUCACUAUCAUUGAGCCCUCAAGUCCCUGCUUUCUGCUGGUCCCAUCCACAGAGCCAAAGUGAAAAUGGAUGUAAAUUUUUGGUGGCUUCAUCCCCUCAUUUUCCCUACACUCCUGCAAGUCUCCUGACACUGCUUUCAUGGACACUGUUUACAGUGGCUCAGAUCACACAGGUCGGGCUUUGGCCACACAAACAUCCCACAGCCCUUCAACCCUGGUGACUGGGAGAUGCUGACCCGAGGAGGGUAUUUCAGACCCCAUCAGAUCCCCAACUCCCAUCCACUGC